UAUUAUUAUAUUUUCAGCUGCUUUCAGCCAAAAGAAAAUGACGUUUCAGUAGUUUCUGCCAAAUAUUUCAGCGUUUCAGUUCUUUCAACUAAAUUUCUGUGACAAUAUUGCAAUGCUUAUGAUUUUUCUUCAUCAUAAUGGCGCUAGGUUUCCAAGUAGCCGCUGGUAAACAGAGAGUUGGUACCGAAACACCUAUUAUAGGAGUACUAUCUCAGGAAACCUAUAUAAUAUCCUCUUAUUUUCCUAAUGAGACGUACGAUAGUUAUAUUGCCGCUUCCUAUGUCAAGCAUUUGGAGAGUGGAGGAGCCAGAGUAGUACCAGUAUGGAUUGGCCAGAAUGAAGACUAUUACAGACGAGUAGUGAACUACACAAAUGGACUGCUUUUUCCUGGUGGUGGAACUUAUUUCAAUGAAACUGGUGGUUAUGGUGAAGCAGCCACCCAUCUCUACAACAUAGCCUUAGAAUACAACGAUAAUGGGAUAUAUUAUCCAAUAUGGGGUUCAUGUCUGGGGCUACAAGCCCUCAUGUACGCCGCCCUGAACGGUACAAAAGACAUAAGGGUUGAUUGCUCAUUGAAAAAUAUAGCAGUACCUUUAGAAUUCUCUGAUGGCUACCAAAGCAGCAAAUUGUUCUCUCUAGUACCUAAGGACGUUAUUCAGACGCUGAAAUCGAAAAACUGCACGUAUAAUCAGCACAGGUACUGUCUAACUAAGGCGGUACUCAAAGAGAACGACUUGCUCAACGAUUGGAACAUCUUGGCUACGAAUAAAGAUGACAAUGGAUUAGAGUUCAUAAGCGCGAUGGAACAUCGCAAAUAUCCUGUUUAUGGCGUCCAGUUUCAUCCGGAGAAGAACCAGUUCGAGUUCAAGAAGGGUAAGGGCUUCCCCCACUCGUUUGACAGUAUAAAAACCGCGCAGUAUUUUGCGAAUUUCUUCGUAAAUGAGUGUAAGAAGAACGCCAAUGGAUUCAGCGACGAAUCAGUAGAAUCCGAAUCCCUGAUCUACAACUUCAACCCGAAAUACACGGGCUUGAAGAGCGCCUACUACGAACAGCUCUACGUGUUCCUGAAGGAAGAUUUCAGGAAGCAUCAGUUGCUGUGACAUUAGACUGUAUUUUAUUUUGUAUUGCUUGGUCAAAAAGUGUAAUGAAUCUUUUUGAUCACACUGUAACUUAUGUACGUGAUAUUGCUGUGCUUUGUUGAUAUACUCAUACAAUUAUG